CAAAAAUAUUGAAUAUUUCAAAAAUUUAUGUAGUUUUGACAAAGAUUGAAAAUGUUAGAAAAAAAUGCAAAAAUUUCAGUGUUGCGAACAAUGAUCGGCUUAGGCGAAGAGAUUGAACCACAUUUUAUCGUACCGCAGAACUCAAUUUCGAAUAUUCGCCAAAAAAUGGGACUCAGCGAACGUACAGGUGCACAAAUGCCAACACUUAUACCGUUGGAGAACUCACUGCGAAGCACACAACCGGCAACCGUCAAGUGUCCGCACUGCGAGAGCAUGGCGAAGAAUUUCCUCUACCUCGAAAGUCUCAUACGCAACAACUACAAUCCUAAAUCACAAUGCGGCCUCUGCUACUCAUCGCUCAAAUAUCUGCAGUAUGUGAACAAGAGUAUUAUGCAAGUCUUUGGCAAUUUCGAGAGCAUCGUCAAUGCGGCCAACACAUUUACUGGUAGCCAUCGGCCACGCUCGCCUAUCACCGCUGCUCCUGUACGCGAUACGCGCGCGAUCGCAGCCAAGUCACCCACCAAGCUCGCCACCAAAGUCGCUGGCGCCAAAAAGAGCUCAACGAAGAAGCAAUUGAAGGAGGGUGGCAAAAUCUCGCGUCCAGUUUUGCAGACAAGCGCCAAGAGCAUGACGAAUGCACGCUUAACGGGUGGCGCAAAGCGUGUCGGGAAAGCACGUAAUCAUCACGCCACCGCUAAGGCAAAAGCUAAGAAUAAGAAAGCAAACACUGGACGUCUGCCCGGUGGCUUUGACGGUAAGCGCAAGAAGUCCGUACUCGCAAAGCCGAACAGCGGCAAGCAGAAGAAUGCGAAGUCGAAGCGGAACAAAGUUACUGCGCCACGAGCUGGCAAAUAAUGUGCCGAUCAAUUAUCGUUGGGCUGUCACUGGCUAGUUCUAGCAGAGUUUGAAGAUUGGUAGCAAUCGAGUUUUUAUUUUUUAGUAUGAUUUUUUUCUAUUUUG